UGAACACUGCGGUUAUGGUAUCAGCGUUUCGUUGCACGCUUUGAGAACAACUCACGUAGAUGCUACCUCAAUCUCCAGCAUAUUGUCUAACGCUAUCUAAUGUACAUCGUACAAGAUGUCCGGCCGAGCGACCAUCGGAAUAUAACGCAGCUGUUUUGUGUAGAAGUCUAUAUAGCGCUGCUGUCCUUUUUCUAAGCGGAAGAUGCUGCCUAUUGCUCUCCUUCUUCAACGUAUACGGUUUCUUCAACAAUUCAAUUUGCCAAGAGUCUCCAAACAGCUUCAACGCAUCCUUCACUUAGCCCCGAGCAAUGAGAGAAUACCAUGGCUUCUCUUGGUGGUAACAUUUUGCCCCUCGACCUUGAUCUCAAGACUACCUUUGCUGGACUAAGUGCAGUAGCCCUCAGCGGCUUGCUCUUUUCCAAGCUUCUUUCAAAGAAUGAUGCGGAAAGCCUGGAGGCACCCGGGCUCUUCAAGUCUUUCCUGCUCUUCUUUUACUCCUGCUUCAUCAAGCCGCACAAUGGCGACAAGAAGGGCAACCAGCAGGAUGCCCUAGAGAGCUUCUACAACAAGCAAGCCGGCGCAUAUGAUGCUACCAGGAAGGUCCUCCUGCAAGGCAGAGAGGACAUGCUUGCGCUCGUUGCAGCACAGCUGAAGGCCAAAGGCCCCAAAAAGGGCAACAAGGCUAAGCGAGUAUGGGUUGAUGUUGGUGGAGGAACAGGAUGGAACAUUGAGGCUAUGUCUAGCUUUGUCAAUGUGCCCGAAUUCUUCACAAGCGUCUACCUCGUGGACUUCUCCCCGUCUCUAUGCGAGGUCGCCCGACAGCGCUUCAAACGCCUUGGCUGGAACAAUGUUAAGGUUGUUUGUGAGGACGCGAGGAAGUUCCGACUGGAAGAUUAUGAAAAUGAUCUCCCAAGUAAUCGCGUCCCUCCUCGCUCACCUGUCCUAAGCUACUUCUCUCAGAAGCGUGCUGAGCACGGCGGUGCGGAUCUCAUCACCAUGUCUUACAGCUUGUCUAUGAUCCCCGACUACUACUCCGUUAUCGAAUCUCUUACAUCGCUUCUGUCUCCAGAUGGCGUCAUGGGAGUAAUUGACUUCUACGUCCAGUCCAAGACCGACUUCUCCUUCCGCAACUUCACUGGUGGACUGGUUGGGCGUCACGUCAACUGGUUCUUUAGGACCUUUUGGCGCGCUUGGUUCGACCUUGACCGCGUUGGCCUCGAGGCUAGCCGCCGCGACUAUCUCGAGUACAAGUUUGGCAGUGUCCUGAACAUCAACACUCGUAACUACAGUCUCGGCCACAUUCCAUACUACAUCUGGGUUGGAUGCCACAAGAAGCCCUUUUCUGCUACCAGUCUGCCGCAUGAGAUCAUCGAGAAGAUCGAUGCCCUUGCUACAGAAUCACCAUACCUGUUGCCUGCGAACGCGGGCGAUGCUCUCACCCGCGCCAUUGAUCGAUCAGCCCCCGAGAUUCGUUCCAAGGCUUUCAUGGCAGCCAUCCAAAACCUGUCCGCGAGCCUACCGCUGCCUUCUUUCUUCUACCAGAACCACCACUGGCGCAUCUACUACGACGAUCAGCUUCAGAAACACACUCAGUUCAACGACGAGUACAUCUACGCGUUUACAUGGGAAGACUCGAGAGUGGACGAGCACCUUCUGAAGCUCGGCUCUGACGACGUGGUCCUGGCAAUCACCAGCGCCGGCGACAACAUCCUCUCCUACGCAAUGCAGAGCCCUGCCAGAAUCCACGCUGUCGACUUGAACCCUACCCAGAACCAUCUCCUCGAGCUCAAGGUUGCCUCUUAUACUGCUCUUCCCUACGAGGACUUCUGGAAGCUGUUCGGUGAGGGAAAGCACCCGGACUUCCGCUCGCUGCUCCUGAACAAGCUCUCCCCCCACCUCUCCAGCCGCGCAUUCCAGUACUGGCUCAACAAUGUCCACGUCUUCACCAACACAAAGGGCUAUGGUCUCUACGACACUGGCGGCUCCCGCCACGCCAUCCGCGUCUUCCGCUGGAUCUCACGCGUAUUCGGCUGCCGCGCCGCCGUCAAGGAGCUUCUGUCUACCAAGACUCUCAACGAGCAGCGCGAGGUCUGGCGCACCAAGAUCCGCCCCGCCCUGCUGUCCAAGCUCGUCUGCAAGCUCGUCGUCAGCCAGGAGAGCUUCCUCUGGGCGGCCCUCGGCGUCCCCAAGAACCAGCUAGCCAUGAUCGAAAACGACCACGCUGAGAGCGAGGCCGUCAAGGGACCCUCACCGACCGCCCGCAAGGUCCGCUCUCACGCCAUCUGGCGCUACAUGGUCGACACCCUGGACCCCGUGGCCGAGCAGACGCACAUCGCCGCCAACAACCCGUAUUACCACGUCUGCAUGACGGGCGACUUCACGAGGCGGUGCCACCCAGACUACCUCUCGGAAAAGGCCCACGCCAAGCUCUCGCGCCCCAACGCUUUUGACGGCCUGCGCAUCCACACGGACGAGAUUGACGAGGUCAUCAACCGCAUCACCCCCGGCACGCUGACCGUCGCCGUCAUCAUGGACAGCAUGGACUGGUUCGACCCCGGCGCCCCGGCAGCGGCGGCGCAGAUCACCAAGCUCAACCGUGCCCUGAAGAUGGGCGGCCGGGUGCUGCUUCGCUCAUCGGCGCUGAGCCCUUGGUACGUCAAGGUCUUUGAGGCCCACGGCUUCUCGCCAAAGAGGGUCGGAGCUCGUACGGACGGAGCCUGCAUUGAUCGCGUCAACAUGUAUGCGUCGUGCUGGAUCAACACCAAGGUUGAGAACCUUCCACCUCCGACCCCUGAGAUGGAUCAUAUGGGAGGUUCUGAAAUCACAAGUUUCUCCCUUUGAGUGUAGGAGAAUUGUGCUUCGGGAAGAAAUGUGAUCGAGACAAAAACGAGGAUUGAUGAGUAGGCUGGGUGGCGUAAGUACGGCCGUGUAUUGUGCGGCUGCUGGAUGGAAAGUAUUGGUUCGAGACAUGUGAUCCGAAUAUGAUUUAGCGUAUGAUUAAUUUCUUGAAAAUGAUAAUUAUUGAAAUACUUCA